CAUUAAUUUCGUGAAAAGUAUAAAAGCUCAUUUCUGAGAGAGAGAGGACAUUCGAACAGCAGAGCUGUCAAGAUGGCUAGGCCUGUUUUUGUCUUCGCAUUGGUCGUCGCUGCAGUUGUGCCUUUUAUCUUAGCUGAUGAGUCAGUUUCUGAUGACAAGUCAAGCGAAGAUUGGGGUCAUGGCUACCCCCCGUUAUCCGCCAUAAAAAUCAUCAACAAAGGCUAUUACCCUGGAUACAAAUGCAUUGGCUUACCAAGUGGCCCCUACUAUCAAUACAAGCCCCAUCUUUGCUGGAAACUUGGAUACCGCAACCCAUACUGGAAGAUCUCUAGAUAUGGAGCAAUUUCCGGAUACAGGUGCACCAAAAUCUGGGGUCACUCUCACCUCUGUGUUAGCGCCGCAGCCGGCUAUUAUUUGAAGUGGUACAAAUAUGGACUGAGCCACAAGCACUGCAAAUACUGCAUUGGAGGACGCCCAUGGGGAUAUCUCUGCAGUCACUGCGGAAUCUCUGGACCAAGAGGACCCCCAGGACCAAGAGGACCACGUGGACCAAGAGGAUUUCCCGGCAGAAAGGGACAAAAAGGACAACGAGGACCAAGAGGACCACAAGGCCCUAGGGGUCCAAGAGGCCCGAGAGGACCAAGAGGCCCACGUGGACCAAGAGGAUUCCGUGGACCACGAGGAUUCCCUGGACAAAAAGGACAAAAAGGAAUGAAGGGAAAGACAGGCGCAAGAGGUCCAAGAGGGCCGAGAGGACCAAGAGGUUUUAGAGGACCACCUGGUCCCCGAGGACCACGUGGAUUGAAAGGAAUGAAAGGACAAAAGGGAAUGAAAGGAAAUACUGGACCACGUGGACCAAGAGGAUUCCGUGGCCCUAGGGGACCACGAGGGCCAAGAGGAUUCCGUGGCCUACGAGGACCAAGGGGAUACCCAGGACGACCAGGCGCCAAGGGACAAAAGGGUCAAAAAGGAGCAAGAGGACCAAGGGGAUUCAGUGGACCACGUGGACUAAGAGGACCAAGAGGACCACGCGGACCAAGAGGCUUCCCUGGCCGCCCAGGAGCACCCGGACAAAAAGGACAAAAGGGACAGAAGGGCGCUAGAGGACCAAGGGGACUACGAGGGCCACGUGGGCCAAGAGGACUAAGAGGACUCCGUGGACCAAGAGGACCACGUGGAUUAAGAGGACCCAGAGGACCUCGCGGACCAAGAGGGCUACGAGGACCAAGAGGACCACGAGGACCCCGGGGACUUCGCGGACCAAGAGGACCACGAGGACCAAGAGGACUACAAGGACCACGGGGACUUCGCGGACCAAGAGGACCAAGAGGACCACGAGGACCACGAGGACCAAGAGGAUUAAGAGGCCUGCGCGGACCAAGAGGUUUCCCAGGACAAAAGGGACAGAAGGGAAUGAAAGGUGCACCAGGUCCCCGUGGACCAAGAGGAUUCCGUGGACCAAGAGGACCAAGAGGUUUGAGAGGACCAAGAGGACCCCGUGGACCAAGAGGACCACGUGGCCUCAGAGGACCAAGAGGAUUCCCUGGACAAAAAGGAAUGAAGGGACAGAAGGGAGCGCCAGGACCAAGAGGACCAAGAGGUCCACGAGGUCCACGAGGAUUCAGAGGCCCACGUGGAUUGAGAGGACCAAGAGGACCAAGGGGACCAAGAGGUCUUCGUGGACCACGUGGUUUCACAGGACCAAGAGGACCAAGAGGGCCACGCGGAAUUAGAGGACCAAGAGGACCACGAGGACUACGUGGACCAAGAGGACUACGCGGACCUAGAGGACCACGUGGACCUAGAGGAUUCACAGGACCAGCCGGCCCACCCAGCAACUCAAUCCUUGCCUGCACAUUUGUAUCAUCAGCCGGAUCUGUGGCAAUUUGCCCGGUCGGUACUCAGGCUACUGGUUGCAGCUGCGGUAACGGAUGUGCUUUUAAAGUUAUUGGUGGAAGGAAAUGCAUCUGCCAAUGUAAACACGGAUACAAAUACCCAACAUACCACCGCACUACCGGAGCUGUAUGCUGUCGUGUGCGCAACAUUCCGGGUCCAAUUUACCCCAAGAAGUAUUAAACCGACCGGACAAUUCUUAGACCGUAUUCCUUUAAAUUGAACUAACAAUCCGGACUUUAAAUUAUUACAUGCAGGCAUGUUAUUUAUUUAUUGUUGUAUAAAUUUAGCUUGAAUUUGAAAUUUCACAAAUCUAAUCUUUGUCUAACCAAUUUGUUCUGUCGUUGUUGUUCUGGUCUUGCUAGGCCCAUGGCUAGGCCGGGGAAAUUUUGCAUCAUUCGGUUUGUAACUAUCUAAACAUGGCGUACUAAGAAUACAGCAUUACAUGGAGUAUUAGUGUUGCCAUAAUGUCGCAAAGAGACGGUUGAAAACCUGGAGUUUAUUUGCAUGGGAUAAAACAUAACAAGGAUUACAUUUCUCUGACGAAUAGUAUUUUGAGGCCUGAAAGUAGAGCUUAAAACCCUAAAGACAUUAAAAAAUAGAGCCCUGUGAAAAAUGAUAAGUUGAUCGUGGAAAUCUUAUAGGUGAACGGCAACCCUUUAUGCCCUACAACUUUCCCUGCAAAAUUUCCUUUGCGAACCUUAACAAGGAAGCGAGCAACAAAUUGCUCUCUUUACAAAUACAAAAUUUUUCAUAGCAACAACUUUAGAUUCGUUCUAAAUGAUGCAAAUUUCGCUCUUCCUACAUUACAUGCGUGUCUUCCAUAAUAUUUCGUUCCCUUCACCCUUAGUUUGUAUUCUAAUGACGUGUACUAAUGUACUAAUAAAGCUGUAGAUGAAAAGAUUGUUUCAUUUCUUGAAAUCUUUA